UGAUAUAAUUCGUUCAUUGACAAAAGAGAUAGAGAGAGAAAGAAGAGAGAGAGAGAGCUUAAAAGGUGACAUUAAUGGCGGAUUGGGGACCAGUGGUGAUAGCAGUGGUUCUGUUCGUACUGCUAAGUCCAGGGCUUCUGUUUCAGUUACCAGGAAGAGGAAGAAUUGUGGAGUUUGGGAGCAUGCACACCAGUGGCGUCUCCAUUUUAGUUCACGCAAUUCUCUUCUUCGGCCUCAUAACCAUCUUCCUCAUAGCCAUUGGAGUUCACAUCUAUACGGGAUAGAUCUUUCGUUUCCUUUUCUUUCUCCGUUU